AAUAGCAUUUAGGGAACUUUGGAUUAAAUUAUGAGACAUUCUUCAAGUUGGACACUUGUGCCUCCGGGCGGUUUCAGUUACUCCAACCCUAGCCCCGUUUCUGCACCCCUCCAGCCUUACCCUCUUCCCUUACCGGUGCCCCGCUCCAGCCCUGCCCCAGCGGCCCAGCCCUCCGCUCCCUGCGGCCCAGCCCUCCGCUCCCUGGGUGGCCACCCCCAGGCAGGGGGGCGGGGCUGCGGCGGCCGGCGCCGGGAGGCCGCGAGGGCCGCGAGGGCGGGGCCGCGGGUGGGGGCGGUGCAGCCCGGAGCGCAGGGAGUAGAGCGAGCGCCUGGCGCCGGGGCCCAGGCGCUUGGGGCCAGCAUGGCGUGGCCCUGUAUCAGCCGCCUGUGCUGCCUGGCGCGGCGCUGGAACCAGCUGGACCGCUCCGACGUGGCCGUGCCACUGACCCUGCACAGCUACUCUGACCUCGAGAGCGAGGAGCCGGGCCUGGGCGGUGCCACCUCGCGCAGGGGCCCGUCCCCCGCAGGCGCGCGGGACCCCGGCCGGGACGUGCCCCUUACUCAGUACCAGCGGGACUUCGGCGUCUGGACGGCGCCCGCGGGGUCCAGAGAUGCAACACUGGGGCGCGGGCCGGGAGCGGGCGGCCGCAGGAUCAAGCCCCCCGCGCCCUACAGCCGGGGGGUCUACGUGCUCCCCGUCGGCGACGCAGAUGCGGCUGCAGCGGCGACUACAUCGUACAGACAGGAGUUCCAGGCUUGGACUGGAGUAAAGCCAUCGAGAUCCACAAAGGUGAAACCCGCCACAGUCAUCACAGCCCACAGCUCUGGAUGGGACAGCAGCCCCGGGGCUGGCUUCCAGGUCCCUGAGGUGAGGAAGAAGUUCGCCCCUAACCCCUCAGCCAUCUUUCAGGCCUCAGCUCCCCGGAUCCUCAACGUGUGAUUGCCCACGGAGAGGAGCGAGAAGCCACAGAGGAUCAGAACCCACUGCCCAGGGACUGGGGUGAGGUCUCAGGACCGGACGGCCCCUGCUGUCAGAGGGGGAGGGUCCUCCAUUCUCACCGUGGGGCACUACUUCCUCUCCAAGCUGCACGAGGCUGCGGGCACAGCCGAGGCACAGAGGGACACGGCACCACCCAGCUCAGCUCUGGGCCUCAGAGACGUGUGCGGAAGGCUUCAGAUCUUUUUUAAUUGCCUCUUUGGGCCACCCUUCAUUUUUUAAAUCUGAAGAACUUGAUCAAUUCUUUGAACUGAAUUGGUCGUUGGGGGCUGAGGAAUAUGGACAUAACAGGUCCUUGAAAGAUCCAGUAACGUCCACGUUGUUGUUUUCGCAGGCUGCAUGGUAAUUUUAUAACCUGUGGUAACCCAAGGUGGUGUCCUUGGAUAGUCCCACCAACGGCCCCACAUGUUCAGGCUGUAGAAGAAAUCUUAGCCUGUCACUUGCAUGUGACUCAUGAUGAUGUUAAGUAACCAGGAAGAAGUUUCCCAAAGAAGCAGGAUAUCAAUCAUAGGGUUUCAGUUUUAAAGACAAUUUCUUUAUGGCCAAGACGACCCUGGUUUUAACAAAACAUUUCUUGGGAUGAGUGAAGUAGAGUGAAUGACAUUUACCUUAGUAUUACUGACUCCAGUUUUGUUCCCUUAACGUAUUGAUGACUAGGUGGGAACUACCAUACUAAGAACUGGGAGCUUCUUUGGGAGAAGGGUGGCAUUAGCUUCAUUCCCUGAAAGACCUGAAAACGUCAUCUCAUUACAGGGAGCUCACUAGCUGUUGAGGCAGCUCAUUCUGUUUUUGGAAGGCCCUCUCCUGACGUUCUCGACAAAUUCCAGCCAGUGCAGCCACCUGGAACUAGCCUGGUCCCCUCUUUGCACAGCAGCCCUCGAAACAUUUGAAGGAGUUUGUGUUCCUUGAGGUUAGAGGCACAAGCUGAGGACAGUUUUGGUAAGGAAGCUCAAGGAUUUCCCUUUGGAUCUUUACCCCUUUCCAGCCCUCAGGUGGCUUAGCCAGGUGAGCAUUUACUUUCACCACAUGAGGUGGCGUUCAGGUUUUAGAAGCAGCUCAGAGCGGAGGCGGGGCGUGUUUCCAGCUCAGGCUGCGAGGGGCAGUCAGUCCCCUCAGAGGUGCUAGCUCCCAGCUCUGGCACGUUCCAGCAAAGGAAAUGCUCUGAGAGAAUCAUUUUAAAGGGAAAAGCAAAACCAUAUGCUUACACAAAGGGUUCUAUUAUUUCAGACUUCAUUGGUUUGCAUGUUAGAUGCUUCUAAGGGAAAAGAGACUGCGUGCUGGGCAUUCUGUGAGAAGCAAACAGAUUAAUGGUACAAUCUCAGAUUUUACUAAAACGCAAACAUACUGUUUCAAUUUAACUUAUUUCGUUAAAUUAAUUAUAAACACGAAUGCCUUCUCAUGUCUUCCUUUAUCUCCUCUUAGUAAGAGGACUUUGAUGUGCCGUGGCUACUGCUGCUCUCCCUUGGAGGCUUGUAGAUUCUGAGAACGCUGACCCUGGGCUGCAGUCGCACUGGUGUUGUAUGUAGUAAUAUUUAACAGAACCCACAAACUUACUCUUUUACACUUACUUACCCAUAUCCCCCCAACCCCGCUAGGAGCCUAGGGUAAAAGGACUGUCUUUGAAGCUAGCCUUGGGCUCAAAUCUUGGCUUCUCCACUCACUAGCCAGGAGCAGUUUAAGCUUCUGUUUCCUAUCUGCAAAGUAUGGGUAAUGCCACUCCCCUCCCCACCCCCGCCAAGAGAAUGUGUUUAUGUGCAGCGUGCUUAGUACAGUAAAUGGCCAACAAAGCACAGCUGCUGUACUUACUCUCUCCUGCCCAGGCACCCCUUCCCAGGAGCCUGCUUUACUCCCAUCUGCAGCUUUGGUCCAUCUGAUGCCACUGACUGACAGGCCCUCUCAGUAGCCCCUGCCUGUGUCACACCGCAUAGCCAGCCAUGCCCAUCCCUCCCCCAGAGCCUGUCCCAAGAGCCCAUUCACUGAGCUGCGGGUAAAGCAGGCUGCCCCAUGCUGGCAGUGCUGGCAUUGCAGCAGCAGUGGGAGCACCACUGCCUGAGAGAGGCCUGCCCUCUGGAAGGCCUCCUGCACACCCAGGAACAAACAGCUUUUCAAAAACACCCCAACCCAACAGCCUUCCUUACUAGACUUCAUUAAUUAUUAGAUCUGGAUUCUGAAGCAGCAGCUUCCUCCCACUAGGUCUUAAUAAGGCCUUAACAUUAUGUUACCGGAGUCGCCUUCAGAAGCAACUGAGAUAAUAGCAGCCUCAACCACACGGUCCCAACUCACCUAGGCCAUAUGUAUGAUACAAACAGACGAAGACCGAAAGGGACGCGCUGGAAUACUGAUGGUGGCUAUCUUUGAGAAGGGGAACUAUGGAUAAUUAAAAAUUUUUUACACCUUACAAUAUUUGCUAAAAGAAGUUUCUAUAUAAUUAGCAUUUUUAUAUUAAAUUAAAAAGCAAUUUAAUCUGCUUGUUUGUUAGGUAAUUUUAGCCAAAGAGUUCAAAUUAAUUAUUCCAUGACCAAAGUUAGUUAGCGCUGCAGUAGCAGCCUUGACCAGCCGUGAGGAGGCCCCUGGGUCCUGUCACCCACAGUCAUUUAGACCAAGACUGACGGCUCCGUAGUGAGUCGAACUCAGAAAAACCCAUUACAAACAAACACUAAUACUUUCAUCCUUGUAAUAACUCCAGGAUUUUUGGCCAAACUCCAAAAAGCAGCUUUUGAGAGAACCUUGGCCAUGCAGCCCACCCUGGGCCAACGGGGAACCCUUUGAGCAGGAUCAGCUCCGCUGGCCUCACUCACAUGCGCCUUCAGUCAGUUAAGAGGGAGUCCCCGAUUAAGGUACUGUGACACUGUCUGUCCCGUGGCUCCUGUCAAGACCGUGGCUGACACAAAUAACAUUCAAGAAGGGGGCCUAAUCAAUGCCCCUAUUCUCCUUCCUCCAGACCAUCAACUCCCUAAAGGUUGACACUAAGUGAAGCCUGGUCCCAAGAAAGCUACAUACUUGGAUUGUAUCACAGGGCCUCCUCCCCAAAGAACUUCUUACCUUUGAAGAACCAAAGCUUUCAAAGCUUUUAGUUCUUAUUAAGGGUGGAUAUAAAUAGUCAUUUCUGAAAUAUUUCUGCACUUGCUGUAAUUUUUUAGCCACUGCGAUAGCAGAUGGUCCCAGCAGGACUGGGUCACAGGAGUGACUUCUUUCUGGCCUCAGCACAGACCCAUUCUUGCCAGACAAACCAGUGUGCUUCUUGAUUGGACAACAGUAGCUGUUUUACUCUUUGCCUUGGCUUUGAGGAGGCUCUUAGCUCAAUCAGGUAGUUUUCCUUUGCUCCAAGCUGUCAGAAACCACUAUGGCCAGGACCAACAUGCAUUUUUCCAAAACUUUUUCAGAUUUUUAUAUAACUGUAAUCCUUAUUUUAAGGAGCUGCAAAUUCUUUUUGGAAAGAAGUGAAAGAAUUAAUUCAAGUACACAAACACCUAUACCUUUGCCUCAUCCCAGCUCUUUUUGACCUAAUGUAAGAAAAACCCUACCAAAGUGUGGUGCUCCAAACUCAGAAAAACCCAUCACAAAUACUGAUUUAUUGUAGAUAUUUUUGUUACACAAUUAUGUUACACAUUAUGAUACAAAUACAUUUGCAACAUUAACAUAUAUGGGGACUGUUAAAUCGCUUACUAUUUCUUUUUCAAAAAGAUAAUUUCUUGAGGCUUUCACACCUGUAGUAACUGACUCUGUUCUCAUUUGGAUCAAAUCUUCAUCCUUCAGAUCUGAGUCACAGUCCACUGCUGAAUGAGUCUACACUUGCCCAUUAACCUUGCUUGGAGUAUUUUAUGUAUGGAAUAUCUGAGCCUUUACUACUAAACUGUUUUAUUACUAAGCCAGGACAUGCCCUAUGCCUUACUGAGUAAU